UAUGUAGAGAUCGAUACAUUACCGCCAUUAAAGACAAGUAAGAUUAUUCAGUUAAGUUUUCGUAGGGAUCAAGUUAUUGUAUGAACCGGCUUCGCCUCCGGUGGUCGAGAAUAAUGGCCGAGGAGAUCAGUAAAUCUGCCGACGUUGGUUCAUCCUCCGCCGCUACUUCGACAGCGUCUGUAGCGAAGUCGAGAGCGCUGUGGCCCUCUGUACUUCGUUGGAUUCCCACCUCCACCGAUCAUAUCAUCGCUUCCGAAAAGCGUCUUCUUUCUAUAGUCAAGACUCCUUAUGUUCAAGAGCAGGUGAAUAUAGGCUCAGGCCCACCGGGUUCGAAAAUUAGGUGGUUUCGCUCUUCAAGCGAUGAGCCAAGGUUUAUUAACACUGUUUCAUUUGACAGUAAAAGUGAUUCUCCAACUCUUGUAAUGGUGCAUGGUUAUGGUGCUUCUCAAGGCUUUUUCUUCAGGAAUUUUAAUGCUCUUGCUAGUCGUUUCAGAGUCAUUGCUAUUGAUCAGCUUGGUUGGGGUGGAUCAAGCAGGCCUGACUUUACUUGCAAAAGUACCGAAGAAACCGAGGCAUGGUUCAUUGAUUCCCUUGAAGAAUGGCGAAAAGCCAAGAACCUAAGCAACUUUAUUUUACUUGGACAUUCAUUUGGAGGUUAUGUUGCUGCUAAGUAUGCUCUUAAGCAUCCAGAGCACGUUAAGCACUUGAUUUUGGUAGGACCUGCUGGCUUUUCCUCUGAGGCAGAUGGCAUGUCUGAGCGGAUUACUCGUUUCAGAGCAACAUGGAAAGGAGCACUCUUGAACUAUUUGUGGGAAUCUAAUUUUACCCCUCAAAAGAUUGUCAGGGGUUUAGGUCCAUGGGGUCCAAAACUUGUGCAGAAGUACACAACUGCUAGAUUUAGUUCUUAUUCUACAGGGAAUGUGCUGACUGAAGAGGAGUCUAAACUGCUAACUGAUUAUGUAUACCAUACUUUAGCAGCCAAAGCUAGUGGGGAGCUGUGCUUGAAAUAUAUUUUUUCUUUUGGAGCAUUUGCAAGGAUGCCCCUACUUCACAGUGCGUCGGAGUGGAAGGUGCCAACUACAUUUAUAUACGGGCAUGAAGACUGGAUGAACUAUCAAGGGGCUCAAGAAGCUCGCAAGAAUAUGAAGGUCCCCUGUGAGAUCAUCAGGGUUCCUCAGGCGGGGCACUUUGUGUUCAUAGACAACCACAGCGGUUUCCAUUCAGCUGUUUUUUACGCUUGUCGAAGAUUUCUCUCCCCCAACUCCGAUAAAGAAUCCAUUCCAGACUUUCCAGAAGGGUUGACAAUCGCCUGACCUGAGUAUACAAGAAUUUUUUAUCAUCUCAUUUCUAUGUAUCAUCCAUUGCUUUACAUUAGUUACAAGAGUGACUCGUAAAUAUACCAUUCAUAGUCACUUGUAUUCUUUUUUUCCAACUGUAUCCUAUUGAUGUUGUUGUAAACCAUCCACACCAUACUAAGAAUGAUUUAAAAUCACACAAUCUGGUGUGGACUAGUGCGAUGUGGGUGGUUUGUAUGGUCUCUUCGCGUCAAAAGAUUUUUAUAUAAUGAUGUUUAUUGUAGUCUUAGUAAA